AUGAUUGUUAGCAUCAAAGCAGUGAAGGUGAUAAAGGAAGAGGAACAUAAGAAAUUAAUAGAGCGGUUUGUCAAUAUUGUUGAGGAUGCUCAUCAAGACCUGCCAAGGCUUGGCCUUGAAAAAGGAAUCACCACAACUAGUUCUGUCAGUAUUACAUAGAGAAAAAAUUACCAUCCGAAAAGAGUGGGUCGAAACUAGUCAGCUUUGACACAAGCAAGGUCUAUAUGAAAAAAAAGUUUCCAAAUCUCCUGAAAUUUUUCCUUAAUCAGAAAAAGGCAAUCGAGUAUGAUGUAACCGUAGGGGCAAGCAGUGUACAGUCAGUAGGAGGAACAGUCUGUCGAUCUUCAGUUACUAGUACCGAGAGAGCAGGAGAUGAUGCAGAAUCAGACGAGAAUGAGCAAAGGGGUAAAGAUGAUAGCUCAUGA